AUGUAUCGCCAUGUACAGCAGCUAUUUGCUGAAAUUACCCAAAGAAUUAGAAACUCUCCUACGAGAAUCUCCGCGGCUUUAUUCCAUAGGAAUUCAAAACACGACGAAGCAGUUGACUCUUAUGCUGAAAAAGAUUAUGUAUUAGUAUCAUGGACAUCCAAGUUAUCCAGGUUGGUAAGGCUAGGCAAGCCAGAAGAAGCCAUUUGCUUGUUCAAGACAAUGCUAUUCCUGAUGACUAAUCAAAGGCCAAACUAUGUUACAAUUUUAAGCUUAAUAAAAGCCGUAGAUGCUUUAAAUUGGGAUGUCUUGAUAAUGAUGGUUCAUGGGUUGGUGGUCAAAAUGGGGUUUGAAUCAGAGCCCUCAGUUUUAACUGCUCUAAUUGGAUCGUAUUCCGUUUAUGGUAUGGAAAUGUGUUGGAGUUUGUUUCAUCAAGUACCUGAUAAAGAUGUUGUUUUAUGGAGUGCUAUGGUUGCUGGAUGUGUUAAGAAUGGGGACUAUGUGGAGGCUCUUGAGUUGUUUAGAAGAAUGCAGUUUUUUGGGUUGAAAGCUAAUCACGUUAGUAUUGUCAACAUUUUACCUGCUUGCGCGAAUCUUGGUGCUCUCCAGUUAGGUAGAGAAAUACAUGGUUUUAUCAUAAGAAGAAUGUUUUAUCAUGUUACUAGUGUUCAGAAUUCAUUGGUUGAUAUGUAUGCAAAAUGUAAUAGUCUUGAUACAGCAAUCUGUGUUUUUGACGGGAUGUGGAAGAAGGACUUGGUUUCUUGGAAGACUCUGAUUCGUGGUUAUAUUGAGAAUGAAUGUGGAAUAAAAGCAAUUAGUCUUUUUUCAAAGAUGCAGCGGUUGUCUUUCUUUGCUCCAGAUGAAUUUGUUGUCCUGGAUAUGAUUAUGGCUGUGCUACAAUCUGGAGAAAGUAAAAUUGGAUCUGUAUUUCAUUGCUAUGUUCUGAAAACCGGGUUCUUGGCUUUUGUUUCUGUUUCAACUUCACUUUUGCAGAUGUAUGUUAAGUUUGGCAUGGUAGGUUCAGCUAGGAAUGUGUUUGAUCACAUUAGCAAUAAAGAUGUCAUUGCUUGGAAUGUGAUGAUCUCAGCUUACACCCAAAGCAGGUUAACUUUUAAUGCUGUGGAUACAUUUACACAGAUGUUAUGUAUGAACUUGAAACCUAAUGAGUUCAGUUUAGUUACUUUGUUGCAAAUGUGUUCUUUGAUGGCAUCUCAAGAAGCAUCUCAUGAACUUGGAGAAAGCAUCCAUGCUUUCAUAGCAAAACUUGGUUACUCAAGGAAUGUAUAUUUAUCUUCAGCCUUGAUAGAUUUCUACUGCAGAUCUGGAAGGGUUAAGCAAGGAAAGGCUCUUUUUAAUGAAGUUCCUACCAAAGAUCUUAUUUGUUGGAGUUCAAUGAUUAAUGGUUAUCGAUUGAAUGGUUAUGGAAUUGAGGCUCUUGAGACAUUCUCAAAUAUGUUGCAUUGUGGGAUAAAGCCCAAUGAUAUUAUUUUUCUUUCUGUUUUAUCUGCUUGUAGUCAUUGUGGGCUAGAAUACGAGGGUUGGAACUGGUUUUAUUCUAUGAAAGAGAAGUAUGGCAUUACUCCAAAACUUGCACACUAUGCAUGUAUGGUAGAUUUGCUCAGUCGCCAGGGUAAUAUUGAACAAGCCCUAGACUUUGUGAAGAAAAUGCCAAUGGAACCAGAUAAAAGAAUCUGGGGAGCUCUUCUUGCUGGUUGUAGGUUAACGCAUGGGCCAAUUGAGAUUGUAGAGUUUGUUGUUGAACAGCUUGCCACCUUGGACCCACAAAAUAGUACUAACUAUUACAGGAUUUUAUCAGACCUAUAUGCAGAGGAGGGUAGAGAGGAAGAUGCAGAGAGGCUGAGAAGAUUGGUGGAUGAGAAUGCCUAG